UAGAAAUCAUCAUGAUUGAUAAUUAUACAUGUAACAAGACUGAUGGAGACAAUACAGAUUUUCGGUACUUCAUUUAUGCAGUGACAUACACUGUUAUUCUUGUGCCAGGUCUGAUAGGGAACAUACUAGCCUUGUGGGUAUUUUAUGGCUAUAUGAAAGAAACCAAAAGGGCUGUGGUAUUUAUGAUAAAUUUGGCCAUUGCUGACUUAUUGCAAAUUCUUUCUCUGCCACUGAGGAUCUUUUACUACUUGAACCAUGACUGGCCAUUUGGUCCUGGCCUCUGCAUGUUUUGUUUCUAUCUCAAAUAUGUUAACAUGUAUGCAAGCAUCUACUUUUUAGUCUGCAUCAGUGUACGAAGAUUUUGGUUUCUCAUGUACCCCUUUCAUUUCAAUGACUGCAAACAGAAAUAUGACUUGUAUAUAAGCAUUGUUGGCUGGCUGAUCAUCUGCCUUGCCUGCCUACUCUUUCCUCUCCUCAGAACCAAUGAUGAUACCCCAGGCAACAGAACCAAAUGCUUUGUGGAUCUUCCUACCAGGAAUGUCAAUCUGGCCCAAUCUGUUGCAAUGAUAACUAUUGGAGAGUUGGUUGGGUUUGUUACUCCUCUUAUGAUUGUCCUAUACUGUACCUGGAAAACAGCUUUAUCAUUACAAAAUAAAUACCCCAUCUCUCAACAUCUUGGAGAGAAAAAGAAAGCCUUGAAGAUGAUUCUGACCUGUGCAGGGGUAUUUCUAAUUUGCUUUGCACCAUAUCACUUCAGCUUUCCUUUAGAUUUUCUAGUUAAGUCAAAUGAAAUUAAGAGCUGCCUAGCCAGAAGAGUGAUUCUAAUAUUUCAUUCUGUGGCCCUGUGCCUGGCAAGUCUGAAUUCCUGCCUUGACCCAAUCAUAUAUUAUUUCACCACCAAUGAGUUCAAAAGACGUCUUUCAAGACAAGAUUUGCCUGAUAACAUCCAGCUCCAUACUAAAUCUUACAAAAUUGUGAGUAACCAUACCACCUCUACAAUGGCAACUGAACUAUGCUAA